AUGCACCUUGCUUGUAACGACAAGCUGCCCAAUGUUGUAUAUGGCUUGGCUGCCAUUCUCCUAGUGAUGGGUCUUGAUUCUCUGCUCAUCUCUGUCUCCUACGUGAUGAUCAUUAAGACCGUCCUGCAGCUGAAGUCAAAGGAGGAGCGCCUCCGGGCUUCUGGGACCUGUGUGGCCCAUGUGUGUGUUGUCUUGUCCUUCUACGUGCCCCUGAUUGGGCUGUCUGUGGUGCACAGGUUUGGGAGAGACCUUCCUGUGCUGGUUCAUGUCACAAUGGGCAACGUCUACCUCUUGGUGCCUCCAGUGCUCAACCCCAUUGUCUAUGGAGCCAGGACCAAGGAGAUACGAGAAAGGGCAUUGAGGAUAAUGAGGAUAGGAAGUGAGGGAGGUCCUCAUUGACCCAGAUACAAUGCCAUACUUUUCUCCAGUCAUGCCUUGCUGCCCUGAGCCAUGAACACUGAGGUUCAUUCUACUUUGCCUCCCAACCCCACUUUUACUUGAACAUUGCUCUGGUCCUGACUACCAUCUUAUCCAGGGCUGACUUUCCAGACACCCACCUCCAUGUCUCUGGCAGAGAUUUCGCCUCCAACAGAUCCUAAGGCCCAUUUUGGGUUACCUGCAGAUUCCCUUUGUCUUCAUAUAAAUGUGGGCAUGAUAGCCAUAGUUGAAGUCAGCUUUUGCAAUUGUGAGACAUGUGCUUUCCCCAUCUCUCUCCAUUGACCAGGGUCUGUGUGAUCAUUGCUCAUGUGAGAGUUCCCGUCCAGAGGCACCAUGGAUACACAAAAUCAUGCAUAGCUGAAAGCUGUCUGAUAGAAGGGCAGGAACCUUUUUCUCCACUGCCAGAGGAAGAAGAAACAGAGGAAAUCCCAGGAUGAAGAAACCUGGAUUCCUUGGCUGUGGAAGAGAGGGGGAAAGCAGACAGCGAGAGAGGCAAGCGGAACCUGCAGCAUGAUUCCAGCAUUUUUCUUCCACCUGCAUCUCUCUGUCAGCCUCUCUCCUCCCUUCCACAGUUGGAGUUUCUUCCUCCUCCAUCGACCUCCAUUUCCUCACUCAUUUUGUAGCCUAG